CUGAGCUACAGCCUUCAAAGGUGUUCUGGGGCCGCGACACUCUGAAGGAGGUGUCUUAUGAGGGCUGGAGGCGCCGGAGACAAGAGCAGAAAAGUGAAGGUGAGGAGGAGAAGCGUCGUUCCUCCGGCAGCCGCGCCGAGUCACUAUUAUCCAACCGCGAAUUAUCCCAAUACCACAGGCAGUCCGAGGCGCUGAUUGGUCUGUUUCGCUGCGACCCGCGCUCUCAUUGGUCAACACCACGAGGGAUUAGGUGUGUAUGCAUUGUUCGUGUAAAUAGUGUUGAAAUGAUUACAGGUCCCGGGCGGCGGUAUAAACGAAAUAAGCGGUGUCGCGGGCCGGCCAGUCGCUAGGUGUGGCCUGAGCUUCGCGGAGGCCGGCCGGCGUGUGUCUGAGUGUGUGAGUGCGUAAGUGACACUCCAGUGCCGCCGCCAUGAUGGAGCGCUCCCUCAAGUCUGCCUCUCCGCUUCCCCCAGAGUCGCAGGACUCCCAGCGCACCCCGCCGCCGCUCCCGCAGAUGGAGACGCAGCUGUCGCCGACGACGGGCCCGCCGCCCGCCCGCUCCUCCCGCGUGUACACCAUCGAGGACAUCCUGGGACGCCCGCAGCCUCAGGAGUCCUCGGCGCCGCAGGUCAACGCCGUCGACAGCCAACUCGCAGAGUCCACAGCCAGCGUGGGCAGCCCCGAGGUGUCACCGAAGGCCGAGGGUGAGUUGGUGACGUCCCCGGAGUGCCAUGACCAGCACACUGACCCUUUCGACUCGGAGAAGCCCCGCAAGGUGAGGCCUGUUCGCCGCUCCCGUACUACCUUUACCACGUACCAGCUGCACCAACUAGAGAGAGCCUUUGAGAAGACCCAGUACCCAGAUGUGUUUACUCGCGAGGAGCUGGCUAUGAGACUUGACUUGUCCGAGGCGCGUGUCCAGGUUUGGUUCCAGAACCGCCGCGCCAAGUGGAGGAAGCGGGAGAAGGCUCUUGGCCGUGAGAGUCCCUCCUUCAUGGGAGUGGAGCAUCCCCUGGGCGGUUUGCCCGACCUACCCUUGCCUCUGCUGCCGCCUCCGCAUUCCGUGGCCGCCGCCGCCACCGCGGCUGACCUGCUCCACCUGCACGCCAUCCACGCCCUGCACCUGCAGUCCUUCCUGCACCAGCCGCACAGCCCAGGCCUGCACCAGAAGGCCUCUGGGCUGCCCUCGCCGCUACUCAACCCCGUGAUCCAUCACUACAUGCCGUCACAUCGCCUGCCGCUGCUGCAUCCCGCCACUAGCAUGGCCCAGGGCUUGCCCAUCUCCAUCAUGGGCUCCUCCUCAGGCCCCUCUGUCAGCCCAGACGCAUCACCCGCCCACUCCCCGCCAAUCAGUAGUCACGCCCCUAUCAGCACCACCACCACCUCCACGCCCACGGCAGCCCCGGCCUCGCCGCCCACCGGCCUCCCUCUGGAUUGUCGUGGCGCCUCGGUGGACCUGCUGCGGCUCAAGGCACGACAGCACUUGGAGCGGCUCUCCCCACCUGCGCCAGGCCUCCACGCCUCCUCUUGAACGCCCACACCGCCAUGCAGCCGCCGAGGGUCGCGUUGCCAAGGUAGUCACUUUGUAGUCACGAGGGAAACAUUGAGUUGAUGUUAUGUGUCGGUGGCAGCGAGUACUCCCCGGGCACUGAGGGGCGCCGCGAGUACCCGGGCCUGGGACGCCCUGCGAGGAGCAAGUAGUCCUCGGUGUCCGAAUGUGGAUAAAGAUGCACAGCGGAUGUUCAAUUCCGGGAGGCGGAGCGGCGGGGUCGAGACGCCGAUGGUCUCGAGUCCCUCAGGACGCGCCCUCCCUCACGCGGGAUGUGAAGGGCCCCGCGGGAGGUAUGAAACGUACUAUAAUGCAGCAAUUGGUAUCAUGUCGCGGGCGGGUCAGAGCUGGAGGGCGACGGGUGACAGGAGGGAGAAGGGCGCCAGUCUGUGUGUGACUCUCAAGUAGGCUCCCGUGGGCGUCCCCAGCAGCGUCUUCCGGCUUCUCCGUGAGGGCGGCGACAAAGUCUUUAAUUACAUCCUGAUCAACCUUUCAUUUGGUCAGGCCAGCUGUGGGGGCAGCGGCGGCGGCUGGGGGCGGGCGGCGCCGCGCCACACCAAGCGACACUCCCCAUUAGAGUCAAGGUGCAGUGCUCCCAAAAAUGUGGAAUACGAAUCUUUUACUUCCACUCUGGAUCUUUAUCGACAACUCGUCCGCCAAUCUGGCCAAUUUGUCAAUAGAUUAAUGAUUUUGAGCUUUGGAGACGAGUGGCGCGGGGCAGACUCCUCCCUCACCCACACAUUUCAUUACUGCCUUUAUUGCCACGCGGCCCAAAGCUCAAAUUGGCCGUUCCAGUCUUCCUUAUUGACACUCGGCAGCAAACCCGGCUAAUUUACGAGCUUCACGGGACACUGAUGCUAAUUAAUUACGGCGGUAAGGUCGUAAUUGGCGUGGCUGCCGCUGCGGGAAUAUUAGGGGCGUGUGUUUGCUCUUCUUCGACAAUACACUCACAGGACGGACCAAGUUUCUCCCCUCCACUGUUCCUUUGGGGCUGUGUGUGUGUGUGUGUGUGUGUGUGUGUGUGUGUGUGUGUGUGUGUGUGUGUGUGUGUGUGUGUGUGUGUGUGUGUGUGUGUGUGUGUGUGAGGGUGCGCGGGGAGGAGAACAUAAAUGACAAGUGAUGACUUUGUUGUAUCCGAAAAUGAAGUCAAACAGCUUGUCUUAAUUUCACAGAGGAACAAAGUGACAAAACAUUCCCACAAGAUAGUGUAUGCGGGAGCCUUGAUUUAUCAUUUCCAUUGCACUGCCGGCUCACUCAUACAAUGGUGAGUCCAGUUUGGCAGCGGCGCAGUGAGCAAAUAACACAAUCAGCCAGCAAGUCAGUCAGGUCCUUUAUUACAUUAUUAGUUCAGCGUUAGAGAAUCCACCUCAACAUGAUUACACUCCAGAUAAUUAAAUGAGAGACUUUGACUUUUACAUUCCCUCCGACAUUUGAAGCUCCGACUUGUAUAAACUAAACACAACACCGGUUAAGUUUUAUUGUAUUACAUUAUUAGUUCAACAUUAGGAAAGUAGUUUUAGGAUAAUGAUGGAGGCAAGAAUUAAAUAGGUGACUUAAAUAUUUUCCACGCCACUGAUCGCUCCUUCUACACAGCAAGAACCAGAUGAUUAUUGUCUUUAGUAAAUUAUUAUUCCAUUGUCACAAAAAUUCACGUCGAUAUAAUAAUGAACACGAAAAACACAUGAAUCACUCCAAUAUGGACCCGCCACCUAUCAUUCUUUCUACUUCAAUAAACGAAGCAAAAACCUGAGAAAUAUUGUUACUCUUAACACAUCAUCAUUUCACUGCUACAAAAUAUCAAACACAAGACUAACCUUAACCCCUUCAGUACCAUUACACAUUUCUGUACUCAUUCUGGUUACUAUUUGAUGAUUUUAUACAGCUUCACAAACUCACGUGGGGAAUGAAAUAGUGAAGACUCUGGCCAUUAAACCUCUGACCUUCAUAGACCCUUCAUAAUGUCAAUACAAUCGUCUAAUCACACUUAAAACUAUAGAUGAAAAUACGUCCCGGUGCCGAAGGAGUUAACCCUUUCAAUACUGGGACACAGUUUUUGCCUUGAGAUUUAUAUACGAUUAGACCCUUUUAUUGACAUUAGGAAGGCUCAAUGGAGGUCAGAGGAUCAAUGGUCACAGUCUU